AUGAAAGUGAAAACCAGCCUGGAUGAAUCCGUCGACCCCUGUCAAGACUUCUAUGCCUACGCCUGUGGCUCCUGGAUUAAAAACGCUACCAUACCUGAAGACAGCUACAAAGUCGAUCGAUUCAAUGAGAUGAAUGACCUGACUGAAAAUAGACUCAAAGCACUUUUGAGCACAACGAACCCAAGUGACAUAACCAGCGUGUUGAACGCAAAGAAGUUUUAUAAAUCCUGUCUUAAUCAAAAUCAAAUCGCGAGCGAGGGUAUCAAACCAUUCAAAGACAUCAUCGACAGUUUCGGCGGAUGUCCGGCUCUGAACGCUGAAAAGUUUGACGAAAGUAGAUGGAUGUUGGAAGAUGUAGUUUCAAGAAUCCAAAAAACUCUUAUUUAUGACACGAUUCUCAAGGGUAUUCUGGUACCCGAUAGAGAAAAUUCUGAUAUCAUACUCUUUAGCUUGGGUCAGGUUAAUUUCCUACUGACGAAAGCGCAAUAUUCUGACUCGAACACAAAAUACAUAGAUGCGUACUUCAACUACAUGGUCGGUGUAAUGCAGGCCAUCAGUGACAACCCACAAACUGUGCAGCAAGAUAUGUCGGCAGUCCUCAAUCUCGAGAAGAAACUCGUUCAGUUUUUUAAGAAUACGGACGAAACGUCAAAAAAAGAAGCCUAUAACAAAAUUCUUUACAAAAAUCUUGACAGCACAAAGUUUAACUGGAAGUUGUACCUGAACAACAUAAUUCCCAACUAUUUUGUUGACGAUACGCCAAUUGUGACCACUGAAAAAGAAUAUCUGAUUGAAAUGGCUAAUAUUGUUCAGACUACACCGAAAAGGACUUUAGCAAAUUUUGUAAUCUGGUCAGUUGUUCGGAGAAUGUUCAAUAACUUCUUCCUACCUGCUCAGCUGAAAGCCCACUACAACACCUUCAUAACUGUCAUGACUGGAGCUAUAAAAGAGGUGCCGAUUGACACUCAGUGCGAGCAGAUGACAGCCAAAUAUUUCGGAGAACCUCUCAGUAGAAUUUACGUUGAAAAAUAUAUCCAGCAAGACAUUAUGGAUUUAGUGAUUGACAUGGUCGAUAGGAUGGUAUAUGAAUUCAAAAACCUGAUCAGAAGCAACAAAUGGAUGGAUGACUCAACUAAGGAAGAAGCACUUGUAAAAUUGAAUUUAAUGAGCCGUAAAGUUGGCUAUCCCGACUAUCUCUUCAACAAUACUUUCCUGGACUCUACUUAUGGAAAAAUGCAGAUCGAUGAAAAUCAGCACACCAAAAACAUGCUCAACGUACUAAAAUAUAGUUUCGAGCAUGUCAAGAAUAUGAUUUUCAAACCAUACGACAAAUCUUUGUGGUCUCUGGAUCCAAUCAAAGUGGCCGCUCAAUACAGUUCUCAGACAAAUGAUAUAGGUGCGCAGUUAGGAAAUAACAUUCAGCAUGAUUUUGUGGUAAUGAUAUAUAAGGGCAGCGCACCAAUGAACUAUGGCGCUUUCGGAAUGUUUAUAGGCCACGAAAUAAGCCAUGGAUUCGACAUCUCAGGUAAGUUGUACGACGGGUAUGGAAACAUGAGGAACUGGUGGAGUAACAGCAGUGAUGUCCUCUACAAGGAGAAAACCGACUGUUUGGUCAGGAAGUACAACAAUUUCUGGAUUAAGCAAAUUGGCGAAUACUUGAACGGUGAAUCAACUCUUGGAGAAAACAUCGCCGACUUCGUUGGACUACAGAUAGCUUACCAGACUUAUCGUAACUCAAUGAAGAAGGGGGACUCAGCAAAGGAAAAGUUACCUGGACUUCAAUUCACUUCGGAUCAGUUGUUCUUCAUCAGUUUUGCCCAGUUUUGGUGCGAGAAGAUGUCAAAUGAAGGAUUUCAGCUCAUGAAAAGAGAUGAUCACAGCCCAAAUAUUGCAAGAGUCACUGUGCCUUUGCAGAACUUUGAAAAGUUCGCGUUCGUAUUUAACUGCCCUAAGACAAGCCCAAUGAAUUCUCCAGAUAAAUGUAAAAUCUACUGA